AUGACUAUGGCAGCCACUGGCUUUAAACUCAAAGGAAAUUUUGAUAGAAAAACUAAAGAUAUCCUUGUUAUGGGCUUUACAGGCCAGUUAAAAGGUUGGUGGGGCGAUCUUUUAAGUCUUGAGGAUAAGACUCAAAUUGAUACCGCUGUUAAAGUUGACUCUAAUGAAGUGGUAUGUGUCACCACUCUUUUAUAUGCUAUAACCAAGUUCUUUGAAGGUGAACUUCUUAAGUUCCAAUCCAGAGUGGGCGACCAAUUACUUAAUCUUUACUGCCCUAUUAUGUCUGAUUACUGGUGGUAUAGAUAUAUUUUUCUCUCCAACCUCUGCCUUAGAUCUGAUGGGUCGACAAACUAUUGGAAAGAAAGAUUCAUUAGCAGGUUACCCAGAUUAUUUGCUGAAAAGGUUAAAUCUAAUAUCAAACAAAAUUUUAAUGGAGAUAUUCCUUACCCUGCUUUAACCAUGGGUGAGCUUUUCACAAUUUUAUAG